AUCACACCCAAGUUUAUCCUCCCAGAAUGUCCUCUCUACGAUCAAACGCCCGAAAGCCUUACAGCAGGCCCUCCAAUAGACCAAACACAAACGAACGAUGGACACACGACCGCUACGAAGGACACCAGCACAACCGCAAGAACCAAGGCCUGAACGGCGGAAACGUCGCAGCGCCUACUGCGGGCGCUGGUGCACCAGGCCAGGCCACCAAACUCAAAGUCUCAAAUCUCCAUUAUGAAGUUACUCCGAAGGAUUUGAAUGCCAUCUUCGGGCAAAUAGGCACGCUCGUCCGCGAGCCAGUUCUCUGGUACGACGAAAGCGGCCGCUCAACAGGACAAGCCAUCGUCACAUUCGAGACCGCAGCCGAAGCAACACGGGCGAUGAACCAAUUCAACGGUAUCCUCGCCAAAGGCCAACCAAUGUCCAUAACCUACUACACCCCCGCCCGUCCACCCCCACGCAGAGCCGCAAGCGCACCCAGCGUCUCCCUCCUCAACAGGAUCGAAAAGCCCGCCUUGUUGGAUCGGUUGGCGCAGGACGAUACAGCUGCUGUGAAUAAGAAAACCCCAGCCCAAGCAAAAGGCGGACGCAUCGGCCCCAUCCGCGCCAAAGCCACCCGCACCACUCACAACAAACCAAAGAAACAACCCAAGAAACCCAAAACGGCGGAAGAACUGGAUAAAGAGCUGGAUGCGUUCAUGGGUGACGUUGAGCCUACUCAGGCUCCCACUACUACUGCUGGUACUGGUGUUUCGGCUGGUGCACCCACGUCGGCUCAACCUGCACCUGCUGCAGCUGCCUCUGCAGGAGAUGUGGAGAUGGCCUAGACGGCUUAUUAGUCGUCUAGACUAACCCCUCCCCGCCUUUAGGGUUUUGUAUACGUUAAUUCUAGGGCUUUCGCGGACGCUUUCCAAUAUGUCUUGAUUCUCUUUUUCUAUUCGUUUGCUUUGGGAGUGAUUUGAUUAGCAGCUAUCCACGAUAAAGCGUGUUAUUUGACUUCCUUGUCCAUGAUAAACCGUGCUACUUGACUCCUCAUCCACGAUAAACCGUGCUAUGUACUUGACUCCUUAGCCGCGAUAAACCGUGUUAUUGACUCCAUAGGCCUUAUCCACGAUAACAAAUAAUCGACAGUCCUUUCACAAUAGCCAUACUAGUUAACAGAUAACCGAUAAUCCUUUCAAUCGCGUUGUUUUUGACUUGAUUCCUUUAUAUUGUACAUCAGCCAGCAUUCGUAGAGCUUCACUUCCUUCACUUCUUCCAUUGUACAUUCUUGUUCAUAAUCCCAAAAAACCACAUCGUCAUCUUUGUACCCCAACCCCAUUCCAUAUCCCUUCCUGCCAUCCAACCCUCCAAAAUCCACCAUACCCAAACCCAAACCUCAAACAGGCUCACCCUCAAGCCUCCGGAAACACAACAUCCCACACCCUCGCACACCCAUCCGCACCCGCCGAAACCAACUUUCCACCCUCCCCACCAUUAACCCACUGCACACCAUUAACACCACCCGGGUUUGCUUCCUUGAUGACAACCUUUUUCGAAGGCUUGGCGAGGCUCCAGAUGUAGACGUUUGUGUCUAGGGAUCCGGAGGCUAGGAAUUGUGAAUUGGAGGUCCA